AUGGACCUCAAGUGCCCCGCGUUGGAAGGAGACAUCCACAGGGAUGACGUGAGGAAGGUGUGGAAAGAAUGCCAUGAGUAAAGCUUCUGGUACAGAGCUCUUCCCCUGUCCAUGAGCAGCAUGGCUGUCACGGGGGCUCUCAUCUACAAUGGUAUUUGGAAACAGUCGAAACGGUUUGGUCCCUUUCCAAAGCUAGCAGUUGGCUAUGACGCAGGGAAAGCAUCUUACAUCAGCAACUGCUGUCGCAAGUUCCAAAAGCUCGGCCCUGGGAUCGAGCCCUCAUUUGGGCCCUGGUCUGGCCCCUUUAACCACAAACGUAGAGCCUGUCAACGUGUGUGA